ACGCGAGUUGAGCCACGUGUGUGUUUAGGUCAGCAGAGGUCAGUAUAGCGCGGUGAACAGGGCUGUUGUUGUCUGGCUCGGGCUGGGUUUGUCUCUCACUGUAUCCACGGAUCAGUGUGAUGUUGUGCUCUUAAAUGCGUGGAUCCUCUCUGAAGGUGUGAUUAUUACACUCAAACGACGCUGCUCAGCGUUUUUCGUGGAAGGAGCUCCGCGGUGGACUCGGAUGCGCAGUCAGUGCGCUCUGCUGCCGCCGCUGACUGCUGCAGUGUCCGCGGCUGCGGCUCAAAAACACAUUCACCAUGCAUUUCCCAUGAGAGAUGACUUCUCUGCUUCAGCGCGCACAUCCUCACUAUGAACAACCGCUGAUUUUGAAUGGAUUUUCUUUCAGAUACAGCUCCAUCUUCCACAUCUGAGCGUCCAGCAGGCGCGCUCGUCUUGUUGUUGUUUUUGAUGAAUCGCAUGGAUUUUGCUGCAGAGGAGGAAUCAGGUCCUUGACUCUCCCAGGAAAAUGACUGACGACCGGGAACCCGCACACGACGAGGACACGACGACUGCGUCCGGGAGCGCGGCGUCCUUGCCGCUGCGGCCGCCGUGCGAGCGCCUCGCCGGCCACAAGAGCAGCGUGUGUUCCCGCUCCUACUUCGUGGUCGUGAUGGUCUUUUUCCACGUUUACAUCAUUAAUGUCAUCGCGCUGUUGUUCUACGUGCACUACAGCAGCGGGCAGGAGGACGCGAGCCCGAGGCGCGACGCUGUCAGCGACAACCAGCAGCGCGCAGAGACGCGACGUCCGCCAUCGAAAGCGGAGAUACUGCGAGAUGUUUCUCUGAAAAGAAUCGAGGGGAUAAGAGUCGGACAUGUUCAGACUGUGACACUAGUGCCAGGAAAAGUGCAUGAAAUGCGGACUCUGAGUCUGAAACCUCUGCUGUUUGAGAUUCCUGGGUUUCUGUCUGAGGAUGAGUGCCGUGUUGUGAUGCAGUUGGCGCAGCUCAAGGGUCUCAUGGAAAGUCAGUUAAUGGUGCAAGAAGGUCAGGAGGAGCUGGCCAAGGAGCUCAACCUCAGCCCAGAGGAGAUUUUCAACCUUCUCGAUAUCAACCAGGACGGACAGUUGCAGCUCCACGAGAUACUGACUCAUUCCCGCGUGAGGGACGGCAUUUGGCUGACUCCGGAGAAUCUGAGAGAAAUCUAUGCUGGACUCAAAGCUGACAAGGAUAAUAAUGGGUUGCUAAGUCUGGACGAGUUCAGGCUGCUGAGCAACGACGCCUUUCAGCGCUUCCUGCUGCAGCGAGGGGUGAAAAGGAGUCAGCUGGUGAGGAACAGCAGACACACGUGGCUCUACCAGGGAAAAGGAGCACACCAGGUCCUCCAGGACAUCAAGACGAGAGUGACUCGCCUCACCCGGCUCCCUCCCACAUUAGUCGACCUCAGCGAACCGCUCCAGGUGGUUCGCUAUGAGCAGGGAGGACAUUACCACGCCCACCACGACAGCGGCCCCGUGUAUCCCGAAACCGCGUGCACACACACUCGACUCGCGGCCAACACCUCCACUCCCUUUGAGACAUCUUGCAGGUACAUCACAGUUCUCUUCUACCUGAACUCUGUUGAGGGGGGCGGGGAGACCGCAUUCCCUGUGGCAGACAACAGGACCUAUGAUGAAGUGUGUCUCAUACAGAAUGACGUGGACCUUUUGGACACCAGGAGAAAUUGUGACAAGAGUAACCUGAGGGUGAAGCCCACCAAAGGGACAGCGGUUUUCUGGUACAACUACCUUUCUGACGGAAGAGGUUGGGUGGGGGAGCAGGAUGAAUAUGCGUUGCACGGAGGCUGUGUGGUCACUCACGGCACAAAGUGGGUCGCCAAUAAAUGGAUCAACAUUGAUCCGGACUAUGCUCGACAAGCUCGCUAUCAGCAGCUGGUGUCACGGCAGCCAGAGGAGGAGGGGGAGGAGGAUGAGGAGGAGAUAGAGGAUGAAGAGGAUGAAAGUCUGACUUUGAACACUGACAUGCAGAGUUCCGACAUCCAUCAAGACUUGUAGCUGAUUAAAUUUGUAUUUAAAAAAGAAGAAGAAGUCUACCCUCAAUCCUUUGCACAAUGUUUUUGGUAACUCCCUCUGUGACCAGUAUGUAGACAAGACUUAUUCAGGGAAUUGAUUCACAGUGGGUUUAUGCAACUGUAAAGAGAUGCUUUUGGUAAAAAAAAUGUUGCUUGGAUAUUGUUAUGCCGAUCUUGUUUUCCAUCAACUUCAAUUUCCCGUCAUAGGAAUGUUGCACUAGAAACAAAACAGACACCCUUUUGCACGCGUUAGCUUCACAGGUUUUGCCGUUGCCGUGGACGAGAUUUGCACUUGAAAACUUGAAAUGGCUCCUCGAAACAUUUCAAUGUCCUACCUUGUUAUUGAGAUGACCAAAUAGGCUCGUUACAUUGUCAGUUUGAUGCAUGUUGCCUUGUCUCAGAUUCCACUAAGAUUAAAAUACACAUUUGUUUGGA